CAGCUGAUUAACAGUCGCAGCAACGAGGAGAUUUCAAGCACAGACUGUCGGCAGGUGUGAGUGAGCGCUACUCCCUCCGAUUCGUCGACCUCCAAUGCCGCACACGCCGACGUCACGCAUUUCUCCGUCAGUCAAAUCCGGCAGACCGUAAGGCGGCUUCUCCAGAAACGGCCCAGCCCCCCCUCAUCCAGGACCUGGCUCCUAGCAACCCCGGCCUCCCCCUCAACAGUCCCCCAAAUAAUGGCCACACAGUGGCAGGAUUUCCCCUGCAAACGAGGAAGUGUCCUCAUCCUCCUCUUCCUCGAAUCCCUCCCUCGUCCGAACUCUGAGGCCACGCCCCCGGCCUCCUCGCACAUGUCUGUGGCUGGAGUGGCCUCUCACUUUCGAGAUCGCUUCGUUGGUUGCGCAGCGGAGCAUGAGGCAGAAGAGGUCAGAGGGGAGCGGCUGCUGUAAAGAGGGCAACUGAGGUACUUGCUGUUGAAGACGCCAUCUCGGACACUCAGCCCCGCUGGCAGCGCUGCCGCCUGCUGGUCAGGAGGAUGAGGGACGCUCAAGUAGCCGGAAGAGGAGGAGGAGCGGGAGAGAGGUACCAGCUGGAGCUCUAUGAUCCGCCAAAGGCCUGCGGUCCCAAGCUGACGACUCCCUGCUCAGAUAUCCAAGAAGUCCGUCGUUGCAACCGGCUGGAGAUGCCUGACAACUUAAACACGUUUGUUUUAAAGGUUAAUCGAGGUAGUCUGAUAUUUGAGACUGACAAUGACCAGCAGGUCAGCUCCUGGACCACAGAGCUAAAAGAAUGUAUCAGCAACAGGUCAGGCAGCGUGGAUCUGGAGCCCCUCCCCUCCCCAGCUGACAGCGGCGCUCCAGCCAGUCGCAGAGGGAGCUCAGAGCCGGGGGGUCAAAGCCUCGCCACGUUCGCCCUGCCCGAGCAGGUCGCCCAGAAAGCCGAUCACUUCCUGUUCUCCUACCCGUGGUUCCACGGGCCCAUCUCUCGCAUUAAGGCCGCCCACCUGGUCCAGAGCGCCGGCCCGCAGGGACACGGCGUGUUUCUGGUCCGACAGAGCGAGACACGGCGAGGCGACUACGUCCUCACGUUUAACUACCAGGGAAAAGCAAAGCACCUGCGCCUCUCGCUAACGGAGUGGGGUCAGUGCCGGGUGCAGCACCUGCGCUUCCCCUCCGUCAUGGACAUGCUCAGUCACUUCCGCCUCUUCCCCAUCCCGCUGGAGUGCGGAGCCGCCGGCGCCGUCACUCUGUCCAGCUUCGUAGUGGCGGGCUCCAGCCCGCCGUCACAGGGUCAGCUCUCAGGCGCUCUCCUCGUCCCCUUCUCCCUCCAUCGCUGGAGUUCUGAGCCCAGCUUGGCUCACUGCAGCCUGGCCCGCAGCGCCAGUCAGCCCCGCUCCACCUGCCCCACCAGCACCAGCACCACCUCCAGCCCCGGCUCCGUCGCUCUGCCCGGGAACCGGGCGCCCACGCGCACCAACCGCGGGCCCGAUCCUCCUCUGACGGCCGCCGCCCCUCUCCGUCGGAGCGAGUCGGUGGGGAGGCGGCCGCUCUUGGCGCGGCACCCCAUCACCCACAUCCCUCAGCGGGAUUCGGACUACGAGCUGGAGCCCGAGCGAGGCCGCAAGCGGGCCAUAGACAACCAGUACAUGUUGCUCUGACCCGCCGAGGCCAGCGCCUCCACCCCCUCCGACAGACGGCAGUCACCUGUGAAGCACACACACACACGCACACACACGCACUGUGCUGGGAGUGUGUUUACCUGUGUCAGACCCUCACAACCUCCUCCCUGAGUGUCCACAGUGAAUGUAUUUUUGGGAGUUUUAUAACAGUGUUGAGUAUGAUCAUUAUUCCUGUUUAAUUCAUGUUGAGGUUGUGUGUGAGAGGCCACAUGUGUAGCUGUCCUCCAGCCCGGGUAAAAAGUCAUUUUGGAAAUGUCUCUAUUUUUGGUAUUUCAAAGAGGUUCGCUUGUUUACUUCUUUGACACGAAUGGGAAAGCACCGUGGAUUGAGUAACGUAUUUAAAAAUAAAUGUAGUCUUCACACAGACUUUUGUGUGGAGCAAACGCGCAUAUUUAUGUAAACACACAAACAAGAAAGCACUCUUUAUUGUAGAGUGUUGACACACUCUAUUAGAUACUCCUCCUCUUGCUCUUCAUUAUAUAUUUAAGUGCACAAUGCUUUCAGUGCAUUUUGGAAACAAUGUGUAUUUUAUUCUAUACACAGAUUCUUUUGUAGAAGCAAAAAAACUUUCAAAGAAAGGUAAAACUUGGUUAAAGUUAGUUUGUAGCCAUAACUAAAAAGUGAUCUUUUGUCCACCACUUUAAACCUUUGCUGCAACAAAAACAAAGAACCACAGGAAAUAUUCUGGGUCUGCUUUAACCUGUGUGUGUGUGUGUGAUUUAAAGAGUACCAAAGGCAUUAAUUGCUCAAAAUGAGCUUUUGAGGGAGCACGAGGUGUCAGAAAUAACCACGACAAAGAAAAUGGUGACAUUAUACAAAUAGCUAUGAUAUAAACAUCAUAAUAGAACUUCAUUUUGAUAUGGAUGGAUGUUAUUCACAUAUUAAUUUGAUUCAAAGUGUUACAAAUGAUACCUAUGACAUUAAUUAUACUUUUACAUAUCACUCCAAUUUCUUGACUUUUGGGGGAUGGUAAAGCAGCCCAGAAGUAUUAUGGGGGUUCACUAGAAAAUAUGAACUUGAAAGGUUUCUCUCCAGCGUCAGAGGAGAAACACGGGAAUUAAAGCAGAUUUGACCCAUCUGAAGAUGAUUCAAAUUUCAGGUUUAAAAUGUUUCGUAAUCUUGCAUUAAACCCUUUGAAGGGCUCUGAAAGGUCGACAGCGAUAUGAUGCAACAAGGAGGGACUCUGCGGUCACACAAGUGCCUCUGUAGAAACUCCACUUUAAUAGAAAUCAUAUUUUUGUAAGCUUUUCCUGUUCAUGCAGCCGAUGGAAAUAAUAUAUAUUUGUACACCAUAAAUCCAUUUCAGCAGCACCUGAAUGCUUUUGAUGAGAGCUUUGUUUUCUGUCCGCUCAGAUGUGUCUUGUUCAACAGCUGGUAACUCAUUGGACGUCUCUUGGAGGAAUUCACACCCAAAUGGAGCCUUUUACCAAAGCAAGCUUCUUCUUUUUGUUCUGACCGGUUUGUCAGGUUAUUCCAGGUCUGAGCUUCUCUCAAAAGCAUCCAAAAAGCUGACUGGUGAGACGUUGCCUUUACGUCAAACGAUCAGCCUGCGGUCCGAUGAGUUCUGGAAACCCCUUUAAACAGUGAGCCGUCGUCCACAUGUACCCUCGUUUUGCUCCAGUGGCUGAAGCUUCUCUUCCAUUCAGGACGGGAGGACUUUGGGAACUAGUGCUCGGACUCGUCUGUCUUCCAACCUUUGCAUAAACACUAACUUUAGCAGUUUCUUUCCAUUUAGCUUCAGUAAACCUACGCUUAACGGAUGGUUCCGACCCCACGUGGUCCGUCUCUUCGCCCUCCUUCUUAUUGUUUUUUUCUGUUUUGUUUUUUUUAUAAGAGAAAUUCCUAAAAACAACUUAAUUCCCUCAUGAACAGAACCAGUAAGUCCGCUGUGAUAACACCUUGUUAUGCAAUAAGUCCGCUUUAUCUACCAAAGGAACAUUUUGACAAUGGUCGUGUAGUUCUCUUCAAUGUAUCAUGAUCAAGACUGACAUCUUUGAAGUGUUUAUAAGGGGAUCAAAAACAAGGACAUUUUUGGCAAAAGUACGGUUAGUCUUCCUGCCUUUGUGUACCCUAAACACUUGUUUUAAUUCUGGAAAACAACGGUAACGAUAACUUUUGACUCAGUCCCUUCUCCUCUCCGAUCAAUACUUGUAUUCUUAGGGAGAAUGACUGUGCCUUUGCCAGAAAGCUGCUGUUGCUUUCCCCUUUUCCAAAGCUCAGGGUGUGAUGUGGUGCAGGACGUGUAGAGUGCUUCACACCUCCUACGUAUGAAAGACGUGAUCAGAGGCUUCUCCAGCGAGGGAGAAUUCAAUGUUUACUUCUGCUCAUAGACUGAAGAAAAUAUUUACUAAACGUCAGAAAUCCCAGAAAAUAAUGCUAUAUUUAAAACCAGGGCUGCCACUUGUUGCAACUGUUGAUAGCUUUCCGUUCCGCGUUGACCCGAUGAGUCGCUUAUUGAGCUAACGCUCCCUUGAUCGAAUCCCCGUGUGCCUCGGGUGUUUUUAACCCUCAACAUCCGCUCCAGCGACGCCUUCCGUCCCUCCGUGGGUUUAUUUUUAAAUGUCCAGUUGAUGAAUGUAAUGUGUUCACAAUACUGUUCAUUCUGUUUAACUUAGCACUGUAAACAUUCCAGUCCAACUCAACAGCCAAUGACAACUCAAAGAGCUUUUUUUUUUAACCUGUCUUUGUGUCUGCAUCCCUUUCAGUUACACGCAUCUAAAUAAUAUUGAAUAUAUAUCAAAUGUAUAUUUGACUUUUGUAAAAUAAACUUAACCAAAAAAAAAUGA